AGUUUUAAAAUUAUUAAGCUGCACAGUCAGAAAAAAUUCAAUAAUAUACUUGAAACAUGCCAAAGACUUACUAAAAUUUGGUGAAAAGUUCUUUGAUCUACAUUAAUUAAAUCAGUAUGAGCGAUCCACGAAAGGCGUUGUCGCCUCACAUUGCUCAACUGGAAGAAAAAUCCAGCAAGGACGGAGACGAUUUGGACGAUGAGGUAUCAGCACGCAUGACCGCUUCUUACAGCGAAAUAUCAUUCCAUUCCGAUAAUGGCCCUGAGACACCAAACGAGGAGGACACGAAAGCUGGACCUUCGAGACCAUUCAACUUGCCCUCCGAGAACAGAAAACAAAACAAACCAUUAGACAUCGACGGUCACGUCAGAUACGAAGGCGACAUGACGCACUACGUAGCCGACGACUUAGAAUUUAAGAUUAAGUUAUCGAGCCCCAUUUCAAAAAAAGGUGAAACACCCAUUUUCGGUAGCUCAAGUGCGUCACGGUCCAGCACACCUUCCGGCAAGCUGUACCGCCAGAUACUGGCACCGCAGAUUGGCCAAAUAGAUAUAACAGUAUUGAACGAUCUAGAAUACGAGGCACAAAAAAUAGCACAGUCCGUAGAUAAUUUAAUUGAAAACUUAUCGAGUAUUCUGCAUUCUAAUUCAUCCCUGACAGCAGAGAACAUGGAGGUGUAUAGAGACGCAGUUGGUAAAACUUGUGACGCUAUGGACAACAACAUCAAAAGCAUGUACACAAUUCUGGCUAAAGGUGAAGAAGUGUCUCAAGCUAUGGUCCCUGUACAAGCUCAAGCAGCAAGAAUUGCAGAAAUUAAGACAUUGCUACAAAUUUUUGAAAGUCAUUUUUAGUUUGUAUGAAAAAUAUAUAGAGCAAAAUAGUAAAAGUAUUUAAUAAAGUUGAAGGGUGAGCUUUUUAUGGAUUAAGAUAAGAAAGAAAUGUAAGACUUGUCACCUGAGUGUAUAAAGUUGUGAAUGAUGAAUAAAACCUAUGAUAAACAUUAUGGAAUGUAUGUAAAAAAUAAGUAAUUUGUUACUUUUUUUUUUUAUCUGUCGCCGGGAUUAAUUAUGUAUAUUAGGGAUAGGAAUUCUGUAUUAAACUAUUUAGGUAUUUUUUU